AUGUGCAGCCGCUCCUGGCAGAGGUACAGCAAGCCAAAGGCCGCACCAGCACCCAUUACAUCAGGACUUCCACUUCUUCUUUCCAGAGAGGAUGUAGCUGCACCAGUUGAGGCGAUUGGAAAGGUGGUGCGGAGCCAGGAUGGAGCAGAAGUGGUUUCGCGAUUGUUGGCCACAGAUGCUUCUGCGCCACCCUUGGUUGUAACAUCACUUCUGCCAGAGCUCCCCUAUUUGGCCAGCCAUCCCAAUGGCGCUGGCGUCAUCAGCGACCUGUUCGUCGCGUGCCGGAAAGCGCGAGACCACGGGAGUACGACGAUCCCAGCGAUGACCCGGCGCUUGCAAGGAUCUCUGUUGAGGCUCACGAAAGAUCGUUGGGGUUGCCGGGUGAUGCAGGCAGCAUUGGAAGAAGCCUCUCCAGAGUUUCAGCAGGCCUUCGCGAGUGAACUGCAAGGGAAGGCACUGAAACUCUGCCAACAUUUGCAUGCAAACUUUGUCCUGCAGAAGUACGUGGAGCUCUUGCCCUCUUCCGCGGGUGCAUUCAUCCUUCAGGAGCUGACGCCUCAUGCGCUGGAGGUCGCGGCGCACGUCUAUGGCUGCCGUGUCUUGCAGCGCCUCAUCGAGCAUUGCUCCAAGGAGCCAGAACUCAGCAAGCUUGUGGAGCAUGCAAGCCUGGUGUUCGAACGAUGCUUAGAAGCCAGCAGCGAGAGAUCGGGCGAUUUCCCAGAACGUGAUUUGCUGGUCGACCCUUUGGCGGAUGGAGGGGAGGAGGUGAUGGAGGAGCUCUUGUUAGGCGACGGCACCAGCCGUGCGCCUUUGGCGCAGAUCUUGCUGGAUCGCUUUGGGAACUAUUUGGCACAAAGAAUGAUCCACUGCUGCCGUGGCAAAGAGGAACCUAGGGUGGCCCAAUUGCUUGGGCGGUGCCUGCCAAAGCUCCAGCGCUCCCCGCAGGGGCGGCACAUCACCAUGGCAGCCACCAAGCGCUUCGGCCGCAUGCCGCAGCCGUCCGGGACGGUGAGCUCCACGGCCGAACGCAGCUUCGCGACCGACCGUGCCCAAGCCGGCGGGCGACCGCCUGCCAGCGUGGGCGAGGCCGGCCCAAAUUCAGGUUCUUGA